AUGCAAUCGCUGGUGGUGUUAUUCGCUCUCGCCUCCGUGGCAUGCGGCUCUUACAUCCCUCUGGCUCAGCCAGCAUACCAUUCCGCAAUUGUGCUGGAUCCUCACGGCCGCCCAUUGGAUACCGCCGAAGUGAUCAACGCUCGUGCUGCUCACCUGCAAGCUAAGGCUCUGGAGUCACACGCAGCUGUCGCAGUCGCUCCCGUGGCAGUCGCCCACUCAGUGGUUGCCCCCGCCUUGGUCGCCGCUCCCGGCGCCGUGUCUCACCAGUCCCGUGUUGAUGUCCGCACCAGCCCCGCCGUCUACGCUCACGCCGCUCCCGUAGCUGUAGCUUCUUACGGUGCAUACGCUGCACCUCUUCUCGGUCACUCCGCUCUCGGCUACGCCGGCCAUGGACACUACUUGGCCAAGCGUUCUCUGGGACACAUCGCCUACAGCGCCCCCAUCGUCCACGCCGUCCACGCUGCUCCCGCCGCCGUGUCUCACCAGUCCCGUGUGGAUGUUGUGUCCAGCCCAGCUUAUGUUUCACACGCCUACGCCGCCCCAGUAGUUGCCCAUGCUGCCCCAGUCGCCAUCGCCCCUGCUGCAGUCUCCCAUCAGUCCCGCGUUGACGUGCGCACCAGCCCCGCUGUUGUGUCCACCGUUGUUGCUGCUCCCGUAGCGCAUUCCGCUGUGUACGCCGCUCCCCUUGCGCAUUCUGCUGUCUACGCCGCUCCCCUUGCGCGUUCUGCCGUAUACGCUGCCCCAUUAGCACAUGGUUCUGGACAUUACGCCCAUGCCUGGUAA